ACUGUAUAUAUACUGUGCUACGGUUACCGUAUGUAGCCACAGCGUUAGCGUUAAAUUAUGUCUAAAACAUGUGGAACAUGUGUGAAUAAGGAAAUGUUUCAUGAAAUUUGAAUCAGUUGGACUGUUAAUUGUACUGGCAACAACACCAUUCAGUUUGAUACUCUAUUGUUCUCUUAUUACUGUAAACUUUUUUUGAUACUCUCAGUAAUAUUCCUGAAAAAUUAGGAACACUGAUCACCGGGCUAGUUGAUUGAAGUAAAAGAAUGGCAUCAUAUGAAAAGAGUAUGGAGUACGCUUCGAUUGAAAAAUUGAAAGAAUCAUUGCUAAAGGUGUCUCAUUUCAACAAUGGGGUAUGCACUGCGAAUAUUAUCUCCUAUGCUGACGAGCAAAAACUUCACGAAGAAUCCGUCAGAUUGCGUAACGAAGAAGACUACAAAGAGUAUCGUAGACUCUUGGGGUUUUCCGCUGAAGAGGCUCCUUACCAGAGCCACGAGGAUGAAUCUUCAACUGAAGACGAAGAUACAGGCUGUUUCAACAAACAGCGAAAGAGAGAUAUUGAGAUAAGGAACUAUAUGAUUGAGGCAGGAGUUGCCACUAAGGAGCCCUUUGAUGCCAAACAGUACUUCUAGGACUUGAAGAAAGAGAAGUCAAAAACCGUUGACUUUCUUUGGGAUUCUGAUGAUAGCAAUGAAAUGGGAGGCAUAGAUGAUAAGAAGAAGAAAUCAUUGAUGCCAGUGCAUCCAAAUUUCGAAUUCGUUCCUAUGCAUGCAAAAAACUCGGAUGCGGCCAAAAAAGCAAACCUUACUAAACAGGUGAUGGUAAAAUAUUCAGACAAGGAAGCGGAAAUUACCAAACCUUUGAUGGCAAAAUAUUCAGUGAAUGAAAAGCCACAAGUUAAAGUGCAACCGCUUGCACUGAAAUGCAGGAAUGCAGUUGUGCUGCAGUUUUUGGCCAAAUUGAACCCAGAAGAUAAAUCCCAGAAAAGGAUUCCAGAAGUUGAGCCUAAAGUGGUUCCAUCUGGUUUGAAGGAUGAAAAGCAAAAUGUGUGGCCAUCUACUUCUGGUGAUAGAAGCUGUUCGUCGUCUGGAAAGAAGGCGUCGACUUCCAGGAGAAUUAAAGAUAAACCCAGGCAAGACAUGGGCCUUGAUGCCUUUUAGAUUUCCAGAAAUUUUCAGAGAUUGUGGAAGAACAUGAAACAAUUUAUUAUUCAAAUCUCAUUCAUUGUGCCUGUAAACCAUACUGAUUUUUCAAAUCUACUGUUUUGAAACAAUUAAGUUAUUUGUCUGGGAUCAACUACUAAUGGCAAUAUUCUCAAAUCAUGUGGAUGUAGAUUUUGUGAUUCUACCGUGAAAUGUUUUAAGAUUUCAAGAGAAUUUAUUUUUUAGACUGUAGAAGAAAUCAUCCAAUCAUCAGUGGCAUGAUAUAUUCGAAAUAAAUGAGUUAUCAUUCUUUACUUCUUCAUCUUAUACAGAAUAAGGAACCCAUAUGCCUUGAUUUCUUUAAAUUUGAUAAUAAUAAAUAAUAUAAAAUAUUUUAUUGCAAAGGUUAAGAAAGAAAUCGUCAAAUUAACAGCAGUAGGUAGUAGAUAUUUUCCAUAAAUAAGUUCUCAUAUAGUAUUUUCUUAUAAAUGAGUGUAUAAUUAAUUCAAUUGCCGCUUAUGAAUAAAGAAAUUAUAAUUCAUGAAA